GGAGCUUCCAUUACUGUACAUGACUCAGUUACUCAAAGAACUCCAAUUCAUGCUGCUGUUAUAAAUGGACAUACGUCAUGUUUACGUUUAUUACUUGAAAUAGCUGAACAGAAUGAAGUUGUAAAUGUGGUGGAUGAAAAGAAACAAACACCUUUGAUGCUCGCGGUAGAAUAUGGGCACAUAGAUGCUGUCUCCUUAUUACUUGAAAAAGAAGCAUCAGUAGAUGCAACAGAUAUAUAUGGAUGUACAGCUUUGCACAGAGGGGUAAUGACAGGCCAUGAAGAAUGCAUUCAGAUGUUACUGGAUCAGGAAGCAUCGGUUUUAUGUACGGAUAUGAAAGGACGGACACCGCUUCAUUAUGCAGCUUCUCAGGGACAUUCUACACUGCUUAGUGAAUUGCUUCAGAUUGCACUUUCGGAAGAAGACUACAGCUUCAAAGAUAAUUAUGGGUAUACACUUUUGCAUUGGUCAUCAUAUAAG